CAUUCUGUAAUUUUGUGAUGUUUGCCCAGAGGGAGGAUGGAUUGCCCCCAGUGUCGCAGGCAAUGUGGGAAGAAUGACAAGUUCUGCAGUGAAUGCGGCUGCAGACUGUGCUCUGCAAGGACACCUGUCACAGACUCUGACCAACAGGAAGGGCCUGAGCAGCCAAUCAGUGAGAACCAUGUCCACUCUGAUGACCACACCCACUCCACAAGCCAUGGCCCCACCCCUGACACUCACCCUUUCGAAGAUGAGGCAGAGGAAACUGAAGACUCAAAGGAAAUCGCAAGACUGGCGAAAGAUGAGACCACCAGUAAAGUCCUUUCAAACGGCAUCUGCAGCAAGACCAGCUCAACAUCCAUACAAACAACCCCAAUGAGAGGAACCAGUCUGGAUAAGCUGUUGAGUGACUUGGGACUGGAACACCACCUGAAGAACAAGCUGACUCUGAGCAAGGUGCUGGAGAUUGAUGGAGAGACUUUAACUGAUGAAAGCAGCCAGUCUCUGAAAUCUCUGCCGUGGUCUUUCCUGAGGAGGUUGAUGACGGUGAAUGUGAUCGCUAGGAAUAUGAGGUGCACCUCAAAACAGGACAUUACUUCCCAAAACCUUGACAGCUUAAUGGACACCCUGUGCAAUCAGCAGGGCCACAGCAACAGAGUCAACCCCCUGGACCUCAUAACUGCUGUGUUUCUCUGCUCAGAUGGCUGUCUUCAGCAGGAGAUGGUUUUGAAAAUGUCCAUGUGCCAGUUCUCUGUGCCUCUGCUCCUUCCUAAGUGUGAUACACAGCAGUGCACUUUAAUGCUCUGGGCCAUGAGGGGUAUUGUGAAAACGUUCAAGCCGCACUCUUUGACAGACCCAAGCGGGUUUGUAGAGGAGAACAUUGUUCUCUCUGAGCUCCCCCUGGUCUCUUUUGUGAGGCUGGGAAACAGCAGCUUGUCCAAGUCUCAGAUUCUGAACCAAGUUCUCAGCAACCCUCAGCAGUACCACGACACCUUUGUUCACAGAAACAUGGAGUGCGGUGACACCACAAGGAGGAUUUCCAAUGGGCUGGUGGAGAUCAGCUGGUAUCUGCCCAGUGGGAACAGAAGCAUUGACAUCUUCUCUGAGCCACUGGCUAUAGCUAACCUCCGCGGGGACCUCAGUGACUUUGAAACUCAAUAUGCUUUCCUCUGCCACGAUUCUGCUGCCAUAUUUGUGUUCUGUGAUGAUUUUGGGUCAGAAUGCAAAUUUCUAGUCUCCCAGCACCUUAAGGCUCAUUGGUUCUUGAUCAUCAAUUCACAGAGCAAGAGCUUCAAUAAGGACGACUUCAGGAGAUUCGUUUCUGAGUUAAAACUAAAACCCAGUAACAUCAUCAUAAAGGGUCCACAGAUGAACGAUGCAGAUUUCCUCACUAACCUGCGUUCGGCUAUCAGUGGAAUUUUGAAGGGGAACAUGGUCAAGUUGAGUGUUGAAGGGAUGUCCGCUGUUGCCCAUGAGUUUGGGAUCCAGGUUGAUGAAGAUUAUACCGACUGUCAGAAGGGCAAGGAGAAGGCCGAUGCAAUCACAGAAAGGAUUUCUGAUAUACCAAGCUUCAAGGAGAAAGAGCUGCCCUUGCAAGGGAGUGCAUGGAAACAGCUGGCCAAACUGGAAAAGGAAGAGUGCAGGAUGAAAAAUGCUGGGAACAAAAACAUAGAAGAGUACAGGAAUGAGCUUGCAGAUCAGAAGCAGCAGCUCAGAGCACAGCAGAGGGCUCACAACAUCUCAGAGUCUAUGUCCCGUUUCAUCUCCGCGAUGUCCAGUUCCACAGAGGAGCGCAAGUAUUUCCUCAAGUGGAUGAGGAUCAACCUGGACAACCUGUCAUGCAAAACCCUUUCACUCCUUCAGGCCGAGUACAAGAAACACUGUCAGAAUGACUCCGAAAACAAGAAGCUCAUUAUGGAGUUAGGCAAGAAAAUCUCCAGGUGCUCCUUGGGGAUGGAGAACUUCCUGCGGGAAAUGGGUCAGCUGUACGAGUCGGCCUGCUCACUCCCUGAAGGCCCCACCCCUCAGAUUCAGAACCUGCCACGUCUGGCUGCCGAGCUGCUGCAGGAAGGCUUUCCUCUGGAGCUGGUGGAUGGAGAUGCAUUCAACAUUCCUCUGCAGUGGGUGACUCAGGUUCUGAAGGAACUCCAUCAACUAACACAGUAUAAAAGUAAGAUCCGGGUGGUCACUGUACUGGGGGUGCAGAGCACUGGGAAGUCCACCCUCCUGAACACCAUGUUUGGAGUCCACUUUGCAAUCAGCAGUGGAAGGUGCACAACAGGGGCCUUCAUGGUUCUCAUCAGAGUAAAAGAGGAUUUUAAAGAGCAGCUUGGAUGUGAUUACAUCAUGGUUAUUGACACUGAAGGGUUGAAGUCACCAGAGUUGACCCAGUUGGAUGACAGUUAUGAGCAUGAUAAUGAACUGGCCACUCUGGUGGUGGGGCUGAGUGACAUGACAGUCAUCAACAUCGCCAUGGAGAACUGCACAGAGAUGAAGGACAUCCUGCAGAUUGUGGUGCAUGCCUUCCUGCGCAUGAAAGAAGUUGGGAGAAAACCCUGCUGUCAGUUUGUGCACCAGAAUGUCGCAGAUGUCUCAGCCCAGGACAAGAACCUGAGAGACAAGAAGCUUCUGCUGGAGCAGCUGAAUGAGAUGACCCAAGUAGCAGCCAAGAUGGAAAAAAGGGGAAACAACAAAACAUUUACUGAUGUCAUGGAGUACGAUCCAGAGAGAAACACCUGGUACAUCCCUGGGCUCUGGCAUGGCAUCCCUCCCAUGGCACCGGUGAAUGCUGGCUACAGUGAGUCUGUGAAUCUGCUCCAGAGGAGUGUGAUUGAGCAUUUUAAGGAACACAAAUCUGGAAAGAGCUCACCACACACAUUCAAUGAGUUUCUUGAAUGGACCAGGAGUUUGUGGAGCGCAGUGAAGUAUGAGAACUUCAUCUUCAGUUUCCGCAACAGCCUGGUGGCUGAUGCUUAUACUCAGCUUUGCACUGAGUUCAACAAUUGGGAGUGGGCCUUCAGGAAGAGCAUGUACUCCUGGUUAACCCAAGCUGAGACAAAGAUGUCCAACUUUGGCACAAUAGCAACACAGAUUCAGCCAUCCUCCAAUGUAAAUGACUUACUGAGCAGCCUGAAAAGUGAGGCCUCCCUAGAACUCACUAAAGGGGAAAAGCUAAUUUUGGACAAUCUCAUGGAAUUCUAUGAUAGACCAGAGGGACACGUUCACUUGGUAGAGAAGUACAAGGCAGACUUCAUCAAUGCAGCCAAAGCCAUCCGGAGGGAGACAGAGAACUCUGUGAAUAACAAGCUUGAGGCAGCUGUGGAGAUUAGAAAGGGUAUGUUCAGGUUAGAGAGCAUCAAGAAAAAUCACACAGCCACAAUGGAACAAAAGGUGCUGGAUCUGGUUGAGAAAUGCAAGAAAAGUAAAGAGCCAUCGGAUCAAAAGCUAGAGAAAGAAUUUGGAAACAUGUGGAAUGAGACUGUGGCCGAAUUGCAGUUCCCUGGCCUGGAAAACCGAGACAUUGUCCAAGAUAUCCAACACCAGCUGUGGGUUAACUUAAGCAGAGAAGGUCCUGCAGUACAUGAAAUGCUGUCCAGUGUGGGGAACUUGUCUGAAUGUGGAAGAGAGCCAUUCUUCCAAGUGAAAGGUAAGCCAGAGGGAGUGUUUAAAAAGUUAGGGAACAAAUUAUUUGAAGAUGAACAGUUGAAGACGCAAAAGAUGGUGGAUCACGUCAUAGAUUGCAGCAGGCAGUUUGUGGAAGAGAAAGUGAGAACAAGGUCUGAUUACCAUAGCACAUACAUCACAGACCUGCUUCGCAUGGUAGAUGAAAACCUAGACAGACACAGGGAUCUGGAAACAAGUGCUGAAGUUCAAGCCAGUCUGAAGAUCCACAUCUGUGGACAUGCAGCACGGGAGUUUCAAAAAAUGCAUUUGAAUUUUAUCCAUACAAAUGAUCCCCGUCACUGUCUGGAGCAGUUCAAGGAACAGUACUGCACUGACUUUAAGGAUCUGUUCAGUAAAAGAGACCAGUGUCAGAAGAAAGCAGAGGAGUUCACCUACAGCUGUCUUGCACCUGCAGUGAAGGAAUACAUCACCAAGUCUCUGGGCCCUGACCUUGUGGAUGAUGUGUUGACAGGGCAGAAAGGCAUUGAUUUCAGCACUCGAUCCUUCUUCCAGUUCUCAAUCCUCAAGCAGCUGCUUUCAGGUGAUAACUUUAAGGACUUUUUGAAUUAUGUAAGAAACUACAAGAACUUUGUGCAGGGCUGGAUAUUUGAGCAGAUGAUACAGCAGUUCACAGAGGGGGAUGGUCUCAGGAACAUCAAGAACAAGCAUCUGAAGGUGAUGGUUCAACGAUUAAAGGAAGCCAUUAAGAAUGCAGAGAUGAAGGCCAAUGAAAGAGUGACAGAAAGGGGUGAGGAGGACCAGAACAUUCAGCAGUUCAUUCAGGAUAUCUGUAGUGAUCUACAGGAGCUUGCCAUCCCCAAAGACCCCCUCAGAGCCAUCCUGACCUUAAACACUGCCAAGCCAGAAGACUUUUCCCAGUGUCUGAAGGUGCUUGUGGAUGAAAUGGAGCAGUCCAUUGAUGCAGAAUUUCAGAGAGGUGGAGAUGUGAGAACCAGGCUGACUUCACUGCCCUUUCAGCCACAGAAGGAGCUGUUUAACAGGGUGUUUGGCUGUGGGAGGCAGUGUCCCUUCUGCAUGACCCCGUGUGAAGCAGGCGGCAAGAACCACACAGAGCACUUUGCUUCCAUUCACCGUCCUCAGGGGACCGGGGCAACAAAAUAUGUGCUCUCUUGUAAACUAUCGAGUGAUAUCUGCUCCUCUUGUGUUGCCAGUGAAGCACAAUUCAGGUCAACAGAAACAAAGUGGAGAUAUCAUCCAUGCAAGGACUAUCACAGCAUUUACCCUGACUGGCGCAUUCAGCCUGACACCAGCAUCCAGGCCUCAGACUACUGGAAGUAUGUCUUCAACAGGUUUAAUGAGCAGUUUGCCAAGGUAUAUGAAGCUGAGCCUACAGACAUUCCCCCCCUUUGGAGAGAUGUAACCCAAGACCAAGCCAUGAAAAGCCUGAAGGAAUCCUUCCAAAUGAAAACAGGAGAUUAAAUGGGUCUUACAGUCAGUUGGCUUGAAUAAUGAUACCGAGUUGUAUUAAUACCCAUUAGCCUGCUUAAAAUUCAUAAUGGUCAAGCACACAAGAGCCCCAGCCAAGCUGCAUGGUAUGAAAGAACUGCAGGUAUUUUUCAUGACAAAUAAAACACACUUCAUUUUAAAAAGGAAGA